UGGCCAGUGUUAACCGAGUUCGGACCACAGAUCUUACGAUUAUCGAUGUUUGUGAGCCGGAUAUAAGUAUGGCGGCAAGUUGAGUGUUGACUAAUUUUGGAUAUUCAAAACAUUGAAAAUCACCUUUGUCGGUUGACAUUGCCUGCAAGUUUAUAAUCUCUUCAAAGUAGAUUCAAAAUGUAGCUGCAAUAACAAAUUAAUGCAUUAAUGAGUUAUUUAACCUUAUGAAAAGAAAAUAAGUUGCGAUUGACAGUAUGGCGUCUAGUGAAGAAUCAACUGGCGAAGAUGAAAAUAAGAGUCAUUUAGACGAAAAUGAUAUUGUUCAAACGAAAAGUAAUCUAUUAAAUAAUAGGUUAGAGUCCAUUCUGGAGCCGCCUGAGCUGAAAGAUGAUCAGUGUGAACAUGUAAAUGGGUUAUCCAAUGGAAAAAGCCAUUUGGAAGCAGAUAUGAUUGAGAUAGAAACAAAUAAUUCUGACUUCAAGGCAAGAAUUCAAGGUAAUGGUGAAAUGGAGGAUUACAAAAUAAAAUUGGAUUUCAUUGUAUCUGCGAAAGGAUCUCUUGAAAACACCCACGUUGCAAUGGAUUGGAAUGCAACUCCAAAACCAAUUCUUGAAGAUAUGUUGGAAAAUAGUAGAACAUGCUUUGAUCAAGAUUAUACUAAAAUUGAAUUGAGUUGUGUCAUUAAACAAGAAAGUGAUAAGGAAAACUUCAAUGAAAGUGAUGCUGUUUGUUUAGAGAAAAGUAACUUUAUAGUGAACGUUGACAACAAAAGUGAUUCAAUCAGUGAUUUGGUGAGUGUGAGUUCAACAACUCCGGAUAAUUUGAAUAUGUCCUUAAAAAAUGGCUGUGAUGAUUUCUGCAGUAGCAGUACUGCAGCACAGAUAUCCAAUUUGGAUCUAUCAAACAGUACAAGAGACCAAGGCCUUCAUAUUGGUGUGACCAAACAGGAAUUUUUAUUUGAUGGUAAAGUUAUCAAACCAAAGAAAAAAUUAUGUUCUCAACUGAUUGAGAAACUAGAUUAUAAAUUAUUAGAAGGCAAAAAAGGCAUUGACCUAUUAACUGCAAUAGAGGAACAAACAAAUGCAAAUUUGAAAAAGCAUGAUCUAAGGGUAUCAAGUUCAGAGUCUGGAACAAGUGUAGAAAUUGAACCAAGUCCAAGAAAAGCUAGAACAAGAUCUGUGGAUAGUAUGGAAAAGCCAAAAAGAGGUCUUAAAAGAGCCUUAUCUGCAGAUAACAACGAAAAUCCAUCAAAAUUACCAAAAAUAGAUUUUAAAAAUUUACACCAAGCUCACAAAGCGUCGAUUAAAUCUGAUAGAAAUAAGGAAGAUAAAUAUAAACGAGGUCAUAAUAGACACGAGGAUAAAAAAAAGAGUCACUCCAGCAGAAGACAUCACAGGUCAUCAGACAGGAAACCUCGAUUGCUAACCGAUGGAAAUUACAGUUACCCUCCUAGUGAUUCUUCAUUGAAGUACAGAAAAUAUUAUCAUAUAGAAACACACACUAAUGGUGGCGCUAAAAUUUUAAGAAUGUACCAUGAUGAAAUUAAACAUCUUAGUUCUUCUGAAAUGAAGAAUUUAACUUAUGAAUUUUUCAAACUUGCCUUUGAAGAAGAUUCUAAGGGUCAUGCCAAAUUUGUGAUAGCAAUAGUACAUGGCUCAGCUAAAUACCUGCCAGAUAUUUUGCAAUAUAUGGCUGACCGUUAUCCAAGUUUGACUGUUCACAAUGGUUUACUCAGUAAAAGCUCUGACAUUGAAACGACAACCCUUUCUGUUUAUAAUGAAAAUGUUAAGAAAACAUACGAUAAAGGCACUUAUAGAUAUGGACCUCUUCAUCAAAUCAGCAUUGUUGGUACAGCUCAUGAAGAAGUUGGUGGUUAUUUUCCAGAUAUUUUAGAAAAAUUGGAGGAGAAUCCUUUUCUUCGUUUGGUGAUGCCUUGGGGAAAUCUUUCGAGUUGUAAAAAAAUGUUACCAUCUGAGUCUAAUGAUGGUCCAAUAGUCUGGUGUCGACCAGGUGAACAGCUAGUGCCGACAGUUGACUCAAAAACCCCAGUAAAAAGAAAAAGGACCGGAAUUAAUGAACUACGAAACCUACAAUAUCUACCUAGGAUGUCCGAAGCAAGGGAGCACUUAUUUGAGGAUCGCACCAAAGCGCAUGCAGAUCAUGUAGAUGCUGGCCUAGACAGAAAAACAACUGCUGCAGUUGGUAUUCUCAAGGCUAUUCAUGGUGGGAAAAACGAAGGUUCGAUAAAUAGAAUAACAAAGGAUGUUAUAGCUUUUUCCGCUAAGGAUUUCGAUACACUUUCUGAAAAAUUACAACUAGAUCUUCAUGAACCUCCUAUAUCACAGUGUGUUACUUGGAUUGAAGAUGCCAAAUUGAACCAGUUGAGAAGAGAAAAUAUAGAAUAUGCUAGAAUUAAUUUAUAUGAUAAUGAUAUAUAUUUUUUACCCAGAAAUAUUAUCCAUCAAUUCAGGACAGUGUCUGCUGUUACCAGCAUAGCUUGGCAUGUCAGGCUUCAGCAGUACACGCCUCAUAUACACAAGGAUCAAGUGAGAACAUUUGAAAAAUCCAGCCAUGCUCAUAAACAUGAAAAAUCCAAACAUAGGAAAUCUGAACCUGAAAAAAUCAAGCAAAAACUUGAUUUCGCUGCUUGUUUACCAUCACAAAAACAUCCUUUGAAAGAAAAAGAUAAAAACAAAGAUAAAAGAGACAGAGAUAAAGAUACAUCAAAAAAUAGACGAGAUACUUCUUCACAUCAUAAGCAGAAUAAGGAUAAAAGUCACAAAUCAUCACAUACUUCUAGUAGACAUAAAGAUCACGAUAAGUAUAGGGAAAAAUCUAGAAGUCACCAUGUUAAGCAUAAAUACGAUAAGCACAAUAAAGAACAGGAUAAGAAAACGAAAAAUUCAUCACAUAGUAAUGGAAGUAGUAAACAUAAUGAGGAAUAUAAAAAAUCUUCUGAAGGAAGUAAAGUACCAUCAGAAUCUCUCAAAAACUUGGACAAGUUAAAUCCGUUAUUGAAUUCAAAUAAAUUGAGUCCUCCGGAAAAAGUAAGUUCCACAACAUUCAGUAUUGACAAAAUUGAUGGUUGCUCGGAAGAUAAGAGCGACAGUUCUGUGAUAAAUACACCUGUGAAAAGGCAAGAACACGGCACCAAUCAUGUUUCACCUUUCAAAUUCAAAACGGAGAAAAAACUUAAUAAAAUAAUUCAACCUCGCUUGCCUCAAUCUUCUGACGUUCUGGGGGAUAUUUUGAAACACAUGAAAAAGUGUGAUCCCCAUAUAUAACAGUCAUUUUUUUUAAACUGAAUUUGUUCAUUUAUUGAAUCACUAUAUUUAAAAGAUAGCUUGAUAUAAUUGAAAGUUUUAUAUGUAAAUACCUAAUUUAUUUCUGAAAUUGUGAAUAGGAAGCAGUUUUCCACUAUCAUCAAUUUGAGGUAGAAAUAAUGUAAAUAUACAGCCUGGUCAGAUUCCAUAUGGGGCUUUUAGGUGAUAAUACCACAUCGAUCGAAUUGAGAUCAUCGGGGCAAAUUCAGUUCGCAAAGGAAUUGAUAAUUGUUGUAUUGAUGUUUUAUUUUGAAUCCUAUUCAACAAAUACUUGAAAAAUAUUCCCGAUUAAAACAAUGGAGGUUAUCAGCCUUUAAAUGUAAAAAAAAUAGAAAUAAAACUGAACUUUUGUCGAAUAUUUUUUCUUUUUCUACUGUAUUAUCACCUAAAACCUCCCAUCAGCUUUUUAUUGGGCCACCCUGUAUAUACGUGGAAAUCGUUUUUCAAUUGACUUUUAUUACCAAAACUAUACUUUUAUUCUUUGAGAAAUCAUGCCUUACAUUAUGAAAGAAUAUUUGUUAUUAGACCUUCACAAGCAAAUUGUGAUAUUGUCAAUUUGAUGUAUAACUCAAUAUUUUGAUAGUUGCUGCUGGUGAAAUUCUAUAUGUACCAAAACCUGAUUGUGAUUCAAAUAUUUCACACGAAUUAGAAAUAAUUUUUUUAUUUGAUUAUAAUGAAAAUGAUGGUCGCUAAUGAAAGAAUAUAUAAUGAAAUCAACUUUUAAAAAAUGCAACUAUAUUUUCAGAAAAUUGAUUAUUUAACUUUUAUUUUUCAUCCUGGUUAUUAACUGAGAAUUUCAUCACAAAAUAUUCCGAAAAACUAAUAAGGCUAUUGAGGCCAAUUUCAAAUUGCUGAUAAUUAAAAAGAUAUUUUAUAGGAAUACCUGUGGUCAAUUUAUAAACAUUUUUUCAACAAUAUACAACGGUUUAUUCUGAUUUUCCAUUUGUUAUAUAAAUGCAUUUGAAAGGAUUAUGAGACUGUUUUCCAGUGAAUUUUCAAUUAUGUUUAUUAUCAAUCAGUUCAGCAUAUACACACACCUAUAUUAUGUACUAAUUUUUGUUUUCAACAGAUUUUUUUCAUGAUUUUUUGAAAUUUUGUGUGAUUUUUUUUUAUGUAUAUACAGGGAUAAUGACGAAAUGAAAUGUUUUAAUUGAUUUUACAACUUUAUUAAGGUUUUAAAAAUUUGUGCCCGCAAAAUAUUCUACUUGGAUGCGUUUUUUUUUGUCUGAGUUUUUAUGUAUACUGUCACUAUGCCUUUUUUAAUAAUAUUGAGCAAGUCAGCGUUUCAAGGCAUUUUAUUUGAUAGAAUUUGCACAGUUCAGACACUCGGACAAGUAGAUACUGUUUCUCUUUACUUGGACGAGUGCUUGUCUGUUAGGCAUAGACAUGUUUUCAAAUGAUGCUGAGAAAUCAAGAUUUUUUUUUCUACUUGACCAUAGCAAUUUUACCUCGAAUCCAGUGAAUGUUAUCGACUCAUUUUAUUUUAAUAUGGCAAGGAUAAGAAAAAUUUUUAAAUGCCCAUUUUAAUUUUAUUACUUUCGAUUUCUUAUUUGUCGUAUAGGCAUCAAAGGUAGAGAACUUCAAAACGCCAUAAUGUCCUUGGUUGAUGAAAUAUGUAAAUAUUGUAUAUAGAAAACUGUAUAAAUUUUGAAUACAUGAUUAUUUGACUAUCUCCAAACAACUAGAAAUCACUUAGAUUCAAUCGCUCUUUUGAAAAAUCCACCAAUUUAAAUGUCAAAUGAAAUUGUUAUUUUUUUAAUAUUUGUAGAGAUAUUAAAAUAAAAAGUGAUAUUUGUAAUGAACUAGUAUUCCAUAAACUCUGACAUCACAAAAAUAAGGGUGCUAUUUGUGGGUCAAAAAGGGAGUUUACAUUUUAUAAGAUACAUUACUUUAAUAUGUUCAUUAGAAUUUGUUCUGUGAAGUUGUUUCGAGAAGAAAAUAUAGUAUUAUUUCACAGUUUCAUAA